AUGAAUAAUAUUUAUAGUACACAUUGUGAAUUCCAUAAUGGAAGAUUGGAAAUGAUUUGCUACUGUUGCAAUGAAUUACUUUGUUCUCAAUGUUCACCAAGUCACAAUAGACAUCAAUUCGACCAUAUUAACAAUAUUAAAAAGUCGAUUAAACCAUUUGGGUUGACUGACCUUUCAUGUUGUAGUGUUGGUAGUAGUUGCAGUGGUAGUAGUAUGUCACUUAACAACAACAAUAGUGAUGGUCAUUCAAAUCACUCCUCUGACAACAAUAACAACCCGGUUAACAUGAGAAUCGAUCAAAUAUGGAGUACCAUUAAUGAAUUAAAAGAUUCAUACAAAUCGUUGGAAGCGACCGAAGAUUCUAUUGGCAAGUCGUUUGCUGAGCUCCAUGAUAUCCUCAAGCAUAGAGAACACCAACUGAAACAAUCGGUAAUCUCUGAGAAACACAAGGUGUCCGAUAGCAUUGAUAAGCUAGUCAAUGAAUUGAAACAGAUCAAUGUCAUUGUCAAUAAUAUACAUGGUAGAGAGUUUGUUGAUGCCACAUCAUCUUCCCACCAGAACCACCACCACCAUCACCAUCUCAAACGACUAUCAGUAUCCUCUGCCACCUCUUGUUUUGAACAAUUCGAUUUGGACGAAGAGGAAGAAGUAGAAGAACUCGAAGCAAAGAGUCACCAUCGCCAUUUCAUUGGAAACAUCAUUGAAUCAAUCAAUGAAUCAAAGAAUAUCGAUGAUUUCGUCAAUAGUAAUACACAUUCUUUGUUCUCCAAUGUAUGCUGUUUGCCAUCCAACACCCACGAACAAAACCUCCAAACUCUACAGUCAAUCCAAAAGUAUUUCCAUGAUUACAGCAACAAUAACCAAGGAAAUGUUACCUACGAGUCAUAUCUUUGUAAGAAACACUUUGGUGUCGCUAUUGUCAACAGAGAUUUCAUCGAAGAUUUCAAAUUGAAUCUUGGCAAAUCCAUCUACCUUGAACCAAAGACCAUUGAACACAAUAUUGUUUUAAAGAGGAAUGAACCACCAAAUCCAACCUCUUUCAAAGCUAUUUCUCAACAACAACAACAACAGCAACAACAACCAUCUCAAUCCAGUCAACCUGUAGUCGAGUCAAAUCAGCCUGUUCAACAAUCAUUGAUAUUGGCUUCCGAUGGUCAAAAGGUUGUAUCUCUCAUCGAUGUCUCGAACCGAGACAAUAUCAUCAUUGAGAAGAUGAACUUCCAAUACAAUUCACUUUCUAUUCCACAUUCGAUGGUUGCUGUUGGCGAGUAUGUCUAUAUGUUUGGUUGUUUCAUCGAGAAUGAGUUUAUCAACAAAUACUAUCGAUUCUCUUUGAAAUCGAAAUCAAUAGAUUUCCAAGAUAAUCUUUGUUUGAAAAACAAAGCCAAUUUACUAUCGGUGUGUUACGACGGACUCGACCAUCUCUACUUAGUCAACAAUCCACUGGAGAUUAUUAAAUUCAAUAUAAAGACACAGCGAUUCUCUCAUUUGUUCGAUCAUGAUACUCAGACAUUUUACGGUGCCAUUGCAUGCUUCUACUACAAUUAUCAUUUGUACAUUUUGGCAAAUAACAAAAAGAUUAUUUACAAGAUCAGUCCAAUCAGUAGACAACUGUGCGAACACAUCAAGUUGGACAAUUCUUCAAAGAUUGGAUCGUGCUGUGCCGACGAUAAUGGAAAUAUCUACGUUACUUAUAUUGGAACCUCUAUCAUCAGAUUCGUAAGAAUUAACUUGGAUUCAAAAGAAAUAACUAGAUGCACCACUAUCAAAUUUGUUUUCAAGAACUAUCUUAAGAUGCUAUUCAAUAGAGUAAGCGAUAAUGAAAGUUAUAUCUAUUUAAUUGGUGGUAAAGAAUAUGGAAAUCAUUUAUAUUCAAUCGAGAAUGAUUCAUGGUGUAAAUUGGAUUGGAACGAUGAGAAUGAUCGUUGUUAUUAUGGAUCUACUAUUAUUAAUUCAUUUAAAUAA